ACAAGGCACCCGCCUCAGUGAGUUUGUGCGCGCUCCCGAAGAGUCCCAAAACAGAAACACUACACGAAGAAAAAGGACAGAAGAUCACCAAUUGCGUGAUAAAAUGAGUUAUAUCGCCAAAGGAGUCGUUUAAAGCUCACUAUUAAUCAGGUUCCAGUUUUUUUCCUUCCUCCAGCCAUGUCUUGUCGUGACGUUCACGCCACCAAUGCUUUCGCCUUCAUCAUCGCGAUGCUGUCAGUGGGUGGUCUGACCGUCGCCAUGCUCAUUCCCCAGUGGAGAACCACCCGCCUGCUCACCUUUAACCGCAAUGCUAAAAACGUGACCGUGUACGAUGGCCUGUGGACAAAGUGUGUGCUGCGAGAUGGUUCUUCAGGUUGCUAUUACUUUGAUGCAGACUGGUAUGCGAAAGUAGACCAGUUGGACCUCAGAUUACUGCAGUUCUGUUUACCUGCAGGUCUGCUGUUUUCCAGCUUGGCUCUUCUGCUUUGCCUCACUGGCAUGUGUAAAACUGCUUGCUGCUCCAAAACUCCUGAUGACAUCAAGAACUCCCGCUGCUUGGUCAACAGCUCAGGCUGCCAUCUAGUGGCUGGGAUGCUUCUGUUUCUAGGCGGGGCAAUUGCCAUGCCGCCCUCUGUCUGGUUCCUGUUCCACACGCGUAAGCUUAAUGAGCGCUACGAUAAUCUGUUUGCUGUUGAGUUUGGGGUGUAUGUGGCCAUUGGCAGUGCUGGUGGUCUAAUCCUAGCCGCUCUGCUGAUGCUCAUGUGGUAUUGCAUGUGUAAGAAACUGCCUUCACCCUUCUGGCUACCUCUACCUGAAGUUCCUGCAAUGACCAACAGUCUCUCCGCACAGCCCCUCAUGGCCAAUGGCUUGCCUUCUCCCAUGACGUAUGCGCCCCAGAGCUUCCCUCCGGCUGUUCUAGAUGCCCCCACUUUUUUCCCAGCACAGGGUUACCCUCAGCCUGCACUUACACAGCCUAUGCUCCCCCAUGUCUACAUGCCACAGAUGUCCAUACCUGAUGGUUACGGUUUAGAACUUGGAGCCUCACAGGAAUAUAGUUACGCUCCCUCUCAAAGCUAUGCACCUUCUCAGGGAUAUGCCCCAUCUCAAAGCUACGCCCCCUCACAGAGGUAUACUGGGCACCGCUAUUCCACACGCUCCCGUAUGUCCGGCAUUGAGAUUGACAUUCCUGUCCUUACAGACUGACAGUGAGUUAGUUGUUUCAAAUCAAACAGGUAAAACUGGUGUUCUCUUCCUAUAAAUUAGUAAUGGUAAAUUAGCUGUGGCAGUGAAUUUGAAGGGAACAAAAUAAAGUGAAACUGAAAGAAAUGCCUUUUAUUCAAUUGAUGUAGCAGGUGCCUCUUAAUAAUAGCACUGAAAAUGGCCAUACAACUUAAAAAUGAUCAUCAAACCAAUAACACAGGUGCAAUUAGAAAGUUGUGUGCCUCUCUCAAUGAGCUUUAUUCAUAAAACACAAGCAGUACACAUUUCUGUGUAAACUGUUCAUAAUUUCACUGAAUAUGUUGCAUUGCAUUGAAUUCAGUGUGACAGGUUUACGUAUUAUGUACACAGAAAUUCAUUCCGUUCACGUUUCAGGACCAUAUGUCUUUUUUCUGCUUUUAAACCUCAACAGUAACACUGAACUUAAUGUUGAUGUUAAGCACUGUUUUAACCUGUUAGUGAAUAUGCCUGCUAAUAUCUAAAUGUGAUUAGUAAAUGCUAAAAAGAGACGCAACCUACACAGUUUUAUGACUGAUUACACUAUUCCUACUGUCAAUGCAUGAAGUUUCAUAUU